CUCACGCGCUUGGGAGACUCAUGGAUUUUGAGAAUCUUUUCUCCAAACCCCCCAACCCGGCCCUUGGCAAAAAGCCAGCCACGGACUCUGCCGAAAGAAUCCAUGAUGAAAUAGAUGAUACGGAAGUUGAAGAAACACAAGAAGAGACAAUAAAAUGGGACAUAAAACUGGGAUGUGGUCAUAUGCCCAAAAAACUUCGGCAUUCCAGAAACUCUGCUGCCUCACAAAAGAAUUUACUCCAUAGAAAAUCAAAAAGUAAGGACUAUUUGCCAGAUAGUGACAAUGAGUCACUCGGUAAAGACUCAGAAGAUAAUUUUGCUAAAGCUCUUCAGCAGUAUAUUCAAGCUAAAGAAAUGGCCAAUGCUGCCCAGGAAUUACCAGUUCCUGAAGAUUCCAUGAAGAAAGGUCCAUCAAAGGAAACGCAGAAUGCAGCGAAAAAAAAGAAUAAAAACCUUAAAUCUGUUCAAAAGAAUGGGAAGCAGAAGAAAAUGAAGCGGAAACGGCCUGGUGGUGGGGAAGAAGGACCCAAUGCUCUUCCAAGCAAGCGAGUUCCUCGGGACCAGGAAGGCAGACCCGAGGAGAAGCCACAACAUGUGAAACUGAGUCCAGGAUUCAUCAAGCAACACACAGUGGAACGCAAGGGAAAACAGAUUUGUAAAUACUUUCUUGUGAGGAAGUGUAUUAAGGGAGACCAGUGUAAAUUUGAUCAUGAUGCAGAGCUAGAGAAGAAAAAGCAAAUGUGUAAAUUUUAUGUACAAGGAUAUUGUACCAAAGGCGAAAACUGUUUAUUUUUACACAAUGAAUAUCCUUGCAAGUUUUACCAUACAGGAGCAAAAUGUUAUCAGGGAGACAAUUGCAAGUUUUCUCAUGCUCCGCUGACUGAAGAGACACAGGAACUGUUGGCAAAAGUUUUAGAUUCGGAAAAGAAGUCAUCAUGAAAAAUUCUU